UUUUUUUUUUUUUUUUCCAUCUCUCCUUCCUUCUCAACUCAGCAUGCAGGCAAAAGACACCUCCUUACACGGUUUCCUGCCUAGCUUCCAACAUUUCGCCACGCAGGCCAUCCAUGUGGGUCAGGAACCCGAGCAAUGGACUUCCCAGGCUGUGGUGCCCCUCAUCUCUCUGUCCACCACGUUCAAACAGGCGGCGCCCGAUCAGCACUCGGGUUUUGUAUAUAGCCGUUCUGGAAAUCCCACCAGGAAUUGCUUGGAAAAAGCAGUGGCAGCACUGGAUGGGGCUAAGUACAGUUUGGCUUUUUCUUCCGGUUUAGCAGCUACCAUGACUAUUACCCAUCUUUUAAAAGCAGGAGACCAAGUUAUUUGUAUGGAUGAUGUAUAUGGGGGUACCAACAGGUACUUCAGGCAGGUAGCAAGCAAAUUUGGAUUGAAGAUUUCUUUUGUUGACUGUUCCAAAAUCAAAUUGCUAGAGGCAGCAAUUACACCAGAAACUAAGCUUGUUUGGCUUGAAACUCCCACAAACCCUGUUUUGAAGAUGAUUGACAUUGAAGCCUGUGCACAUAUUGUCCAUACACAUGGAAACGCUAUUUUAGUAGUGGAUAACACUUUUAUGUCAGCAUAUUUCCAGCGGCCUUUGUCACUAGGAGCUGAUAUUUGCAUGUAUUCAGCAACAAAAUAUAUGAAUGGCCACAGUGAUGUUUUAAUGGGGUUAGUGUCUGUUAAUUCUGAGGACCUCCAUAACAGGCUUCGCUUUUUACAAAACUCUAUUGGAGCAGUUCCCUCUCCUCUUGACUGUUACCUCUGCAAUCGAGGUUUGAAAACUCUACAAAUCCGAAUGGAUAAGCAUUUUGAAAAUGGAAUGGCAAUUGCUCAGUUUCUAGAAUCUCAUCCCUUGGUAGAAAAGGUUAUUUAUCCUGGGCUGCCCUCUCAUCCGCAGCAUGAGUUGGCAAAGCGUCAGUGCACAGGUUGCCCAGGGAUGAUCACCUUUUAUAUUAAGGGCAUUCUUCAGCAUGCUAAGACUUUCCUCAAGAACCUAGAGGUAUUUACUCUGGCUGAGAGCUUGGGAGGAUAUGAAAGUCUUGCUGAGCUUCCGGCAAUCAUGACCCAUGCAUCAGUGCCUAAGGAAGACAGAGAUGUCCUUGGAAUUAGUGACACACUGAUUCGACUCUCUGUGGGCUUAGAGGAUAAAAAAGACCUAAUAGAAGACCUAGAUCAAGCUUUGAAGGCAGCGCACUCUCCAAGUCCAAGUGACGAGUAGCAUUCCAGGACUGCUAUCAGAAGUUGUUUCCUGCAAAAUCAAACCUUCCAAAUAACUGAAUGGACUAUUAAUGAGCCUUUGCAGAAUUUUCAAGUGAAAAUUUUAAGUGACCUCAUUACGUUUCACAGAUGUAAUAAUCUUCCAGGGAUCAUUACCAUUAAAAACAGUUUUUUGUUUCUCUUAUUGUAAUCUACAGGUAGAUUCAGUUAUCUUUUUAUUUUGCUACACAUUUGCCUCUGAAGGACAUGAGAUUUGUGCUGCUUUUUGGGAUUGUGUUCUCUUUUCCACGGCUUAAGUUUUAUUUUGAUCAUGUUUACAGUAUGGUGUGAAUUCAUUCCUGAUGUUUUCUGAAGAAUUUAAAUUAUUAAAUGAAUGUUCUUAAGUCAAGUGUGAUUUUUGCAUAUUGCUGAAAACAGCAUUGGAAGCAGUGGUUUACAUGUUAUUACUGUGAGCCAAAAAUCAAAUACGUGAGAAAAGCUUACUGUAAAAUUCUUCUGAUUUAAAGUUAUACUUCUUAUGUUUUUAAAAAUAAAUCUAAUAAUCAAAUUA